GUCGUUAACGGAGAAGCACUGCCAAUCCAUUUUUCUAUGUGUGCGGAAAUACGUUACAUUAUUGUGAAAUUCAUACGUGUGUCUUAUAGAGCAGUGGACGAAUAGUGACAGAUCGAGGAAUAGCUUUUACAUCGUCGAUGUUUGCCACUUAUUGUAAAGAGUUCGAUAUUCAAUACAUCAAGGUUGUAGUAAGGAAAGUUUUGCAAUUCGACAGAUACGUCACUGAAGACAUCGAGGAAGCAUCGCGAAAUCAACGUAAAUUCAGCACUGUAGCCAGCAGCAACAAGAUGAAGCUAUGAUGUGCUAAGAAGAUGAGGGCCAUUCCGAAAACCCCUUGCAAGUCGAGUUAUCGUCAGCCAAUUUAGUUGGAAUACGUCAUGCCCAAGCCCUACUUCUAUUUCUUGGAAUGGCUUUUGGCUAUUUUUUACGGGUCAACAUAUCCGCGGCUAUUGUACCCAUGACCCAAUGUGAUGGCAAUCACUCGUGCUACGAUUGGGACUCGUCAACAAAAAGUCUGAUCCUGUCCAGUUUCUUUUGGGGCUAUGUGGUCAGUCAAAUGCCUUCGAGCUUGUUGGCGAAGCGUUUUGGAGGAAAACUGGUGUUGGGAGUGGCCACGGCUAUUUGCUCGCUUACAACCAUUUUCGUGCCUUUGGCAGCUGCUAAAGGAGAUUGGAUUUUGGUAUGCGUUUUGAGGGUCAUCAUUGGUUUUACUCAGGGCAGUGUUUAUCCAUGCGUUCACACUCUGUUGGCACAGUGGGUGCCUCGAAACGAAAGAGGCUUUUUGUUGACGUCCGUCUAUUCGGGUGCCCAAUUUGGUACAGCUCUUCUUUUGGCAGUGAGUGGCAGCAUGUUUGAUUCGUCCAUGGGAUGGCCAUCUAUAUUUUACAUUACUGGAUCCGUGGGCAUUUUAUGGUCGGCCGCCUUCUUAAUUUUUGGAGCUGAUACACCAAGGGAUACGAAAUUUAUUUCUGAAGCAGAGCAGAAAUAUAUUGAAGCGACCACUGGAAGCGCCCACCACCAACAGGAUACGCCUCUGCCGAUUCCCUGGAAAGCGAUGUUCACCUCAUCAUGUUUCUAUGGAUUGAUAGCUGCCCAUUGUGGUUUUACAUGGGGCUUCUACACUCUCUUGACGGAAAUUCCCACCUAUAUGACCAACAUAUUGCAUUUUAAUGUGAAAACAAACGCUUUGCUGUCGGCCCUACCGUACUUUUUUAUGUGGAUCCUCUGUUUGAUAGUGAGCCCCAUUGCUGAUGCGCUUAUUAACCACAAUGUCCUAAGUGUUACGGUCUCUCGAAAGAUAUUCAACUCCAUCGGGCAAUGGGUGCCAAUGUGUUGUCUUAUUGCUUUGGGCUACAUGAGCGAGGAUGAAAAAGUGUUGGCCAUCACUUUAUUAACAUUUGGUGUGGGCUUCAAUGCAGCCUCCUUCUGUGGAUACCUGGUCAACCAUAUGGAUUUAUCUCCUAAUUUUGCCGGCACCAUGAUGGGCAUUACCAAUGGCUUAUCAAAUCUAUUGUCCGUAUUUGCUCCUUUAGUGGUGGGAGCUAUAGUGGUGGACGAAGAAAGUCCCGAGCAAUGGCGCAUUGUAUUUUUCAUUACAGCCGCUGUGUAUCUAGUGGGCAAUGGACUAUUUUUGAUAUUUGGUAAGGCCACCGUGCAACCGUGGAAUUAUGCAGAUACAUCCAGCAGUACGGCAACGCUGUCUAAUAAUAUUGCUCAAACAUCAGCAGUCAGCGAGCUCUCCCUAAAGAGUGCAUCAUAAAAAAUGAGGGCAAGAAAAUGUCAAAGAAAAUCUGCGCUCAGAUACUAGUUUCCCUUCUCGCUCAAUGCCAAAUCGGCAAAGAAAAGAAAGCAAAGGUCAUCCCCAGGAAAAAUAAAUGCGUUUAAAACUGUGACUUUACACUGUACUACUCG